CAUAACCUAUCGACUUUUAAAACGUGAACUGGUGGGAUUUAAUUUGUUAAAGCACUUUGUCAUUAUGUGAAUGCGAUUCCUCUAAUCAUAUGCUGUUUCAGAUUUUUUUAUUAUUUUACUUUAUAGAGUAAACUGUGAUAUUAUAUACUGUAUUCAGUUGGAUUAAAUUUGUUUAUCAGCAGAAAUUUUGGUUUUCAAAAUGGAAUUACCUGGACAAAGGCAUCCAUUUAUGUUUUAUCAGAUGUUGCAAAUGUUUCCCAACAUUCCACAUGACAUAAUUCAGAUGUAUACAAUACAGUAUGCAAAUGAUGCGGAAUUGUGUGCUCAGAUGCUGAGUGUGCAAAGCUCCAAAUACACAGCGACUGGAAAUGUAGAUCUUCAUACAGCUCUCAUUUCACAACAGCUGACUGACUUGAAGCUUGAUUCAUAUGUUGUUGUGCCAAAACAAGUUGAAAAUAACAACGGUAUCAUGAACUGCAGCUCUAGCUUACCAAAUAUGCAUUUUCCAUCCAUUUCUGACAACAGUAAUGCAAAUAAUGAAAUUUCUUUGGACCUUUCAUCUUUACAGCUACCUAAUGUUAAAUAUGAUAAUCAUUGUACUAGAAAUUUUAACAGCGAAAGCUUUGCUUCAGAUGAGAAAUCUAAUGUUAUGUGUGAGGCUGGGGUAGAGGGCUUUAAAGAUAAUUCAAAUGGCAAGCAAAAUGGUGAAGAUUACAGGAAGUUUCCUUCUUCAUUUAAAGAACAUUUUCCUAAUGAAUUGUAUAUAAACGUUGAAGCUGAUGAUGAAAAUCUUCAUAGUUGGAGGCCAAAUAUGACAUUAAAUUCCUUAAGUUCAGAUUUUUUCUUAACACAACCUACUUUCAGCAAUUAUUCUGAUCUAAAUUUAUAUCCCUUUGCUAACAGCAGUAUUAACAGAGGUGAAUGUAAUUUGCCAAAUAAUAAAAUGUUGCACAUGGAAGCUUCAAAAGGUAGCAAGCCGUCAUAUGUGGAAAAUUGUUCCUCCGUUUGUGAUGUAUACAGAAAUGUGGAUUUGGAAGAGGAAAAUAGGACUAAAAAUAUUCAAAGCUAUUUAAAUAUUCAAAGAGCUCAGGUGAAUAUUUUGAAGUAUGAAAUAAUGAAAACUAAAUUGGAUUUACAGAAAUACAGAGAAGAAGUUACAAAGAUGGCUCAAGAAUUGAAGAAAAAGUUGUCUCAAGAUACUCAAGGCAUUGAGAAAAUUAGUAAAGAAAAUGCCGAGUUACGUUUGGAAUGUCAGUGCCUAUGCAUGGAAGUGGAUUUUUAUCUGAAAGGCAAAGCUCGAUUAGGGGAUGUAAAUGAAAAUGUUUAUGAAAAAAACAGAGUAGAACCGAUAUCAGAAGCGUGUUAAAAUUGAACUUUGUUACCUUUCUGUGGAUCUAGACAAAAUUAUUUUAAAGAAUGAUGAAAUAUUUUAAUGAAUUCCAGUUGAUUGUUUUGAAUUCCUUCAACUAAUUUCAAGAAAAAUUGGUCUGAUGUUUGCGGAAAUUGCUAUGAAGUUUUUAUUUCUUAUUCUAUACAAUAAAAAAAAAAUAAAAAAUAAAAAAUUAAAAUUAUUAAUUAUUUUUUCUAUCAGUUAGAUAAAUGUCACUGAUAUUUGAUUAAUAUAUUUCUGUGUAUGUCUCUGUUCUGAUUGUUAAUGGUGCAUUCAUAAUUAAAAUUUUUUUUCUUUUUUUUUAUAUCUGGAAAGGAAUUUACACACACUUUUAUUGGCUUUAUUAGAGAGUAAUACAGGAUUUAGGAUAACAGCUUCAAAUGGGGGCUGUAUUGCUUUAAUUCGAUGAUUAAUAUAAUAUCCAUAAUUUGUUGAGACUUCUGUCCAUCUUUCAGGGAAACUUUUAAAUAAUCUUUUUAAAGAGUAUUUUUUAUAUGGGGAAAAAUAUUCAUUUGUUGUCUGUUUGUUUUCCUGUUUAUUGUGGAACUCUUGUCAACAAAAAAUGCAGGAGGCUUCAACAGGAAAUAUUGAGAACCCUUAAGUGGAUAAGUAAGAAUUUCUGAUAGUUAAUUCUUUGUCAUGUCAUUCUUCCAGUAUGUGUGCAGUUUAAUUAGCUGAUGAAUCACAUCAGCUCUUUUGAUUAAUGCACAUCGAUUGUAUGGUUAAAGACCAUUUCAGAUCACCUCCAUUAUCUUCAGCUUGUAGGUUUAGCCUAAAGAUUAAAAUGUUCACUGUGGAAUAUAUGUAACCAGCUUUGGCAGUAACAUUUAUUAAUAGCACCUGCAUAUCAGUGACAAAAAUUUCAUGUUGACUUUUGCAACAUUUUCAUGCAGGAGAAACUUGCAAAGCAUGAUAUUGAGCAUGUACAGCUUAUUAUCUGAUAUCCUUUACCUGUGAAUAAAAAAUGUUUGUUAAAUGGCAUCAGGAAAGGUAAGACAGUGUAUCAAUAUCUGUUUGUACAAAUUCGAUUACAGAGUCACUUUAGUAUUCUUGAAUUUUGGCAAACUAAAAUCCUGCAUUACUUUCAAAUUAAUCUAAUAGUUUAUGUCGGAUGCAAAAUUUAUUAUGUAAUUUAGACCAUAGUCUAGUUAGAAAAUAUUUUUAGAAUGUAUGGUAUCUGUCCGUACUUUUUUAUAAAAAGACAGGAUAUGUAAAAUCCUUGUACAAAAUUAAACUCCACUUCCUAUCCAAAUACUUUAUGCAAAAAUUUAAUUUAUUUAGCAUUCCAAUUCAGCACAAAUUUUAAAUGAAGUUCUUUUCUUCUUACUGUGAAGGUUCUGACCAUCCUUUAGAAAAUAGGUAUGGCAAAAGUGAAGAAAAUUGUAAUGAAGAAGAUGACGAGUUGAACAAAUGGGAAUGUAAAGAAUGUACAUUUAUGAAUCAUCCUGCAAUUAACUCUUGUGAAAUG